CAGCAAUUUGAUGGUUUCAUGUUGUUUCAGAGGUGGGGAGGCUUGAUCUCUAGCUCAGCACAGAGAAAAUGACUUCUUGCUCGCAGGCAAGCCAAACCCAUGAAUUAAGCUCUUGACUGGCCAGCCACGAGCCCCAGUGCCAAGCGCAUAUAAAGGAGGGCACCUGCCAGUCGUCACUGCAACCUGCAGAACCGUGUGGGAAUUUGCCUUUGUUCCUCCAGCAUCCAAGCUCCAUCUCCACCAGAAGCAUGAGCCGCCAAUUCACCUGCAAGGCCGGAGCCACUGCCAAGGGAGGCUUCAGCGGCUGCUCAGCUGUGCUCUCCGGAGGCAGCACGUCCUCCUACAGGGCAGGAGGCAAAGGGCUCAGCGGCGGCUUCGGAAGUCGGAGCCUUUACAGCCUGGGUGGCGUCCGGAGCAUCUCCUUCAACGUGGCCAGCGGCAGUGGGAAGAGUGGAGGUUAUGGAUUUGGCCGAGGCCGGGCCAGUGGUUUCGCCGGCAGCAUGUUUGGCAGCGUGGCCCUGGGGCCCAUAUGCCCAACUGUGUGCCCACCUGGAGGCAUCCACCAGGUCACUGUCAACGAGAGCCUCCUGGCCCCCCUCAACGUGGAGCUGGACCCCGAGAUCCAGAAAGUGCGUGCCCAGGAGCGGGAGCAGAUCAAGGCUCUGAACAACAAGUUUGCCUCCUUCAUCGACAAGGUGAGGUUCCUGGAGCAGCAGAACCAGGUGCUGGAGACCAAGUGGGAGCUGCUGCAGCAGCUGGACCUGAACAACUGUAAGAACAACCUGGAGCCCAUCCUCGAGGGCUACAUCAGCAACCUGCGCAAGCAGCUGGAGACGCUGUCUGGGGACCGGGUGCGGCUGGACUCGGAGCUGAGGAGUGUACGGGACGUGGUGGAGGACUACAAGAAGAGGUAUGAGGAAGAAAUCAACAGGCGGACAGCGGCAGAGAAUGAGUUUGUGCUGCUCAAGAAGGAUGUGGAUGCUGCUUAUGCCAAUAAGGUGGAAUUACAGGCCAAGGUGGACUCCAUGGACCAGGAGAUCAAGUUCUUCAAGUGUCUCUAUGAAGCUGAGAUCGCUCAGAUCCAGUCCCACAUCAGCGACAUGUCUGUCAUCCUGUCCAUGGAUAACAACCGCGACCUAAACCUGGACAGCAUUAUUGACGAGGUCCGUGCCCAGUAUGAGGACAUUGCCCUGAAGAGCAAGGCUGAGGCUGAGGCCCUGUACCAGACCAAGUUCCAGGAGUUGCAGCUCGCAGCCGGCCGGCAUGGGGACGACCUCAAAAACACCAAGAAUGAGAUCUCCGAGCUCACCCGGCUCAUCCAGAGAAUCCGCUCAGAGAUUGAGAAUGUGAAGAAGCAGGCUUCCAACCUGGAGACUGCCAUCGCUGACGCCGAACAGAGGGGUGACAAUGCUCUGAAGGAUGCCAGGGCCAAGCUGGACGAGCUGGAGGCCGCCCUGCACCAGUCCAAGGAGGAGCUGGCCAGGAUGAUGCGCGAGUACCAGGAACUCAUGAGCCUGAAGCUGGCCCUGGACAUGGAGAUCGCCACCUACCGCAAGCUGCUGGAGAGUGAGGAGUGCAGGAUGUCAGGAGAAUUUCCCUCCCCUGUCAGCAUCUCCAUCAUCAGCAGCACCAGCGGCAGCGGCGGCUAUGGCUUCCGGCCCAGCUCGGUCAGCGGAGGCUACGUGGCCAACAGCGGCAGCUGCAUCUCCGGAGUGUGCAGUGUCCGCGGCGGGGAAAGCCGGAGCCGGAGCACCACCACCGACUACAAGGACGCCCUGGGGAAGGGCUCCAGCCUGAGUGCCCCCUCCAAGAAAGCCAGUCGGUAGAAUCCGCUGCCCUCCCGCCAUCCCUGCGUCCCGGCUCUGGCUCGCGCACAUGCGCUCUCCCCAGCCCAUUGUCAGCCCCACCCCCACCCCGCCCAGCCUGUUCUUGCACCUCAGGUGCUGGCCUUGGCCGCUCACUUCUCCCAGACUGUGUCUUGCUGAACCUGGACAGGUGUGGACAACUGAGCUUGGUGAAAUUCCUCCUUGCACAUGCUGGAGUUUGCCUCCUUGGCGGUGGUCCCUGACCCAUGCCAUGGGCUCCCAGCCUUUCGUCCUCUGCACAGCCUUUGACUCGGUGGCUGAUUACUCUGUCUGGCUCCGUGUGUCUCAGACCCAGGCCCUCUUCUCACACUGGGGCCUUUGUCCCAGCUCCUGCUUGUGGUAGGAGCUGGCUCUGUGUUCAGGAAAAGGAGGGCUGAAGGACAGACGACCAAGCGAAACCAUCCCCACCCCACCCUGUCUGGCUCACGACUCAUUCUGAGUGGACCGAGUACAACUCAGGGACUCUUUCUUCAUUCUAUCCUGCACCCACAAGCAGGGAAGAGGAGGCCCCUUCAUUUCUCCUUUCUCCUUAAUGACCCUCCCACUGCAUCCUCAAUAAACAGCACGAUCUGA